AUGGCCCCGCCAGCACCGAGCUAUGGUCAGUAUUUGGACAGUCAGGGCUACAACCCGACAGUGGCCACACCUGCCAACUUACCUACCAUGGCCAUGCCGCAGCAGAAUAUGUCGUACCAGCAGCAACAGCAGCAGCAACUUUUGCAGCAACAAUUGCUGCGUCAAGAGCAGCAACAGAAGCAACAGCAGCAGUACAACCAGCUGUAUCAGAACGCGUUAUUGCAGCAACAACAUCAGAACGGACUCAUGAUGUCUGCGCCCGGAUACGUUGGCGCCAACCAGCCCAUGCCUCAGUUCCCCAGUAUGCUCAUGCAGCCGGGAGCUGCUCUCCUGCCACAGAAGCAACAGAUGCGAGGCCUCCCGCAGCAACAAAUGCGGAUAUCGACACACAACGGCAAACCUAUCAAGACUGACGCCAAUGGCACGCAGCUGUGCUCGGCGCUGGGCUGCAACCACGCAGCGCGAGUUAAAGGAAUGUGCAAGCUGCACGGUGGAGGACGACGAUGCAAGGUGGACGGAUGUAUGAAGAGCGCUCAGACUGGCCACUUGUGUAUCGCUCACGGUGGCGGCAAACCCUGCAAUGUCGAGGGUUGUCCCAAGACGGCACAGUCGCGAGGUCUGUGCAAGCAACACGGUGGCGGAGUGCGUUGCAAGUUCGAGGGAUGCACCAAAAGUUGCCAGUCGGGAGGGUUCUGUCGUGGCCACGGAGGUGGCAAGAGAUGUGAAUACCCCAAUUGUACCAAGUGGGCUCAGAAGAACGGACACUGUGCGAAACACGCACAGGAGAUUGCCGCGCAACAGCUACAGCAGCAACAGGCGAUGCAGGCACAGAUGCAACAGCAACUUGUGCACCCUUAG